CGGAGAGAUAGAAGCUAUAUAUACAUAUACAUAUAUAUACAUAAUCUCGCCGGAAAAUUUAUGCCUAUAAUAUUUCACGUAUCAAACUUCGUAAAAACGAUAGAGGAGGGUCGUGAGAGGUCUAGGAAUACUUCCCAAUAAAUUUUAGACCGAUUCGUAGUCACCGGAGCAUCCUAGAGGUCGCCGGAGUUGCAAGCCGUGGAAACGGGUCUUCAGAAAAGACACGAUUUUGCCGUAGAUAGGGGUGGCGGAGCUUCUCCUCGACGUAAGGAUCAUUUUGCAACUUGAAUCGUCGAAAUCCGUUACCUGCCCAACACGUAAGCCCAAAGAUUUCGAGUGGAGUGUGUGUGAAUAAACUAGCCCAACAAGCAGAUGAUAGGGCCAAGAAACAGUGAGGUAGCAAGUAAGUGAUUAGGUCUUCCCCCAACCCAGGAACAGAUGAAUCACGAGAAGCUCCUCAAGAAUCGGAAGGGAAAGGGUGCCGCGGCCGAUGCUGCCCUUGCCAAGGCCAAGGCCGCCCAAGUAGCAGAUUCUAAUUCUUCCGCCUCCCAAGCCGAUCGUCGCACGGUGGAGGCGGAGCAGCACCUCAUUGCCACGGUGAUGGCACAGGGGUCCCAGGCCCCCAUCCUCAACCCUGUCGUUCCCGAAGUCGUGGCGCCCCUACAGGCCGUUCAUCCGCAUGAAGGGGAGAAGGCGAUGGACAAGAAGUCCAAAAGGCCUCGGGGGGCUUCCUCUUCGGCCCCCGAAGAGCAAGGGCUGAUCCUCCCUUCCCUUGGGCGUCCGGCCCAUGACGUCUGGCAGGAAAUUGCCUCUCUGGUUGGCGUGGAAAUGCCUCCCCGGACGUCUUCAGAGGCCUCCAAUGCGGUUCUGGCCGCCGCUCUUCAGGUUGGGCUCUCUACCCUGCAGGCUGAGGCUGCUCGGGAUGCCGAUGCCCUUCAGGCAAAAAAUAAGGCAGAUGCGGCCUUGAAGAAGGCGAGAGAGGCCGCUCAUCUCCAGGAGAAAGAGCUGGCGGCCAAGGACAAAGAACUGCAGGCCGCCCUGAAGGUAGCCCGCGAGUCCUCCGCGAAGCUCGCGGUUCUGGAGAAGGCCGGGUUCAAGCUCGUCCCAGCUCUCCCUGCUCCCAAGGACGAGGCCCCUGAAUGGCUCGUCGAUGAGACCGGGUAUCACAACUCUGGGGCCUUCAUGAUUGCCGCCCAGAAGUACCUUGGGGGCGCCUUUGGCGAUGUAUUCGCCGCCGAGCUGCAGAAACAGGCGCCGAAGGACCGCCUCAAAUUUGGGGUCCGAAUUCUGGAGAGUGCGCCCCUGGCCGAGAAGUUUUUAUAUGAUGUUGGGGAUAGCUCCUUCGUCAUCGGCUACAACGAGGGGGUAAAGGCCACACUGCCGGUCUUCGCCGCUCUUCAGGGGCCCAGUUUUGAUCUGGCCGAGCAUACCUCAUAUCCGGAGCUGAUCCGGGUGGUGGGCAAGUUGAAACGGGACGCCCGGCGGGAGGAGGCCAGAGCCAGAGGGGAGGUCCCGGAGCCCCCGUCCCCCGAGCCCGAGCCCGAGGAGGAAGAAGAAACCAUCCCUGGGGGAUCCCGACCUGUUUCUCCAAAUUUUGUGUAAUGUAGCUUGUAGUUUCCUUGUCUUGAUCCUGU